GAUUUCUAUCAAAUCCAUUCAUAUGAGUGCGGACAGGAACACCCCAUCAAGAGGUCGGCCCAACAGUACGGUCUCGACAAACCCCUAAUGGUCGGCGAGUUCUCCACUAAGAGGUCGUGUGUCUCAGACUCGGCUGAAGUAUACAAACACUACUACUUCAGUGGUUAUAACGGAUGUAUGGCGUGGCAGUACAAUGACCAUCAAGACAAUGAUAGAGACACUCGGGAUGUCAUCAAUCAUGGGAUCGAAAGUAUAAGACAUGAGACCAGUAAUGGUGUCAUCGCUAUUAAGAUCUAA